AUGCGGUUCCGCCAUUUUAACUUCCUGCUUCGAAAGAACAACAGCGAUACACACGGUGUUCGUAGUCAGAACGCCGUAUCGUGUAACUUACUUUAAGGGUUUAUUAUUUGUGAUUUUUUUUUCCUCACAGGAACCAAAUCAACCACUAGUCUUUAGUUUUCUGACAGCUGGUGUUAGUUAGUCUCAGUCGGGGAGCCGCAAUGCCGAGCCAGCCGCUGCGUGUAGCGGUUGUUUGCUCGAGCAACCAGAACCGCAGUAUGGAAGCGCACAAUAUCCUCAGCAAACGUGGAUUUGAUGUGCGAUCAUUUGGGACUGGGUCUCAUGUGAAGCUACCUGGUCCAUCCCCGGAUAAACCUAAUGUGUAUGACUUCAAAACAACUUAUGAACAGAUGUACAACGACUUGGUCCGAAAGGACAAGGAACUAUAUACACAGAAUGGGAUCUUGCACAUGCUGGACCGCAACAAGCGCAUCAAAGCAAAGCCCGAGCGUUUUCAGCUGUGCAAGGAUAAAUUCGACCUGGUCAUCACCUGUGAAGAGCGAGUCUAUGAUCAAGUCCUGGAGGAUUUGAAUUCAAGGGAGCAGGAGACAUUACAACCAGUUCAUGUAAUCAAUGUAGAUAUUCAGGAUAACCACGAGGAGGCCACUUUAGGAGCCUUCCUCAUCUGUGAGCUGUGUCAGUGUAUCCAGCACACAGACGACAUGGAGAAUGAAAUCGACGAGCUCCUACAGGAGUUUGAAGACAAGAGCAACAGGCCUUUUCUCCACACCGUCUGCUUCUACUGAUACGUGAAACAUGUUUGCAAUAAACACACACCCAGACCCCAAGCAAUCAAACAAUAGAAUAUGGACAAGCAGGCUGUUUAUUCUACAGAUGGUCGGUGCACAUCUGUGUAUCUGCACAUGAGUUCAAUGCUUUGGGUCAGGACCUAAAGAUUGAGAACUAUUGGAAGUAAUGGUUAUUCCUCUCUGCAGAGGAUGGACUUGCUGCUGUCAUUAUGCCUUUAUUCCUCUAAAUCAGGGUUAGGCCGCGGUCCUCCCCUCAUUCCUGUCAGAUGAAAUAACUCGACCAUAUCUCCUCAGGGAGAGCCAUGACACAAACCUCCCCCCUACAAGCCCCUCUUUAUUUUAUUUUUAGUACAGCACAUUUGUGCUAAUUUGAUUCAUUUUGAAUUGCAUUUUUGUUUAAUAUGAUGGUUUUAAUUUUGGUAUGAGAAAGUGUACAUGUGUUUACACACAGGAGAAUUGAUUAACUUGUACAUGUUUGUGCAGCAGUGUGUUGUAGAUGAGUCUGAGUUAAGUUAAAGAGGUUGGGCUAGUAAUGAAAAACCAAACAAAGACAUCUCAGAAGUGCUCCUCCAGUGUAUUUCAAAUAUAAUGUACUGGUUUAUAUUUAAACUGCUGUCUUUCAGGCCAUAGUAUUUUUUUGUAAAUGUUUAAAAAUUGAAGCAUUAUAAUUAUUUUCAAACGGCAAGUUCAUCUCUUGAGUGCCUGAUUUUUCUGUAUGUGUAUAUAUAUAUAUAUAUAUAUAUAUAUGAAUCUACUAAAGGAGAAAUCUAAGACCUUU